CUAAUGAGUUGGGAAAUUUGAAAAACCUCAAUGAUAUGGCGCUAUCCGAUAAUCAGCUUAGUGGUUCAAUUCCAACCACUUUAGGCGAUUUAAUGGAGCUUGAAACUCUCUACCUUUAUUCUAACCAACUUUCUGGUCCCAUUCCUAGUGAGUUGGGGAAUUUGAAAAAUCUCAAUGAGAUGGAGCUAUCCGAUAAUCAGCUUAGUGGUUCAAUUCCAACCACUUUAGGCGAUUUAAUUGGCCUCAAAAUUCUGUACCUUCAUUCUAACCAACUUUCUGGUCCCAUUCCUACUGAGUUGGGGAAUUUGAAAAACCUCAAUGAUAUGGAGCUAUCCCAUAAUCAGCUUAGUGGUUCAAUUCCAACCACUUUAGGCGAUUUAACUGGCCUCAAAAUUCUGUACCUUCAUUCUAACCAACUUUCUGGUCCCAUUCCUACUGAGUUGGGGAAUUUGAAAAACCUCAAUGAUAUGGAGCUAUCCGAUAAUCAGCUUAGUGGUUCAAUUCCAACCACUUUAGGCGAUUUAACGGAGCUCAAAAUUCUGUACCUUGAUUCUAACCAACUUUCUGGUCCCAUUCCUAGUGAGUUGGGGAAUUUGAAAAACCUUAAUGAUAUGAUGCUUUCCGAUAAUCAGCUUAGUGGUUCAAUUCCAACCACUUUAGGCGAUUUAACGGAGCUCAAAAUUCUGUACCUUGAUUCUAACCAACUUUCUGGUCCCAUUCCUAGUGAGUUGGGGAAUUUGAAAAACCUCAAUGUUAUGGAGCUAAACAAUAAUCAGCUUAGUGGUUCAAUUCCAACCACUUUAGGCGAUUUAAUUGACCUCAAAAUUCUGUACCUUCAUUCUAACCAACUUUCUGGUCCCAUUCCAAACGAACUUGCAUAUUUGGAUAACUUGGUUUCCUUGUCAAUGUCUCGCAAUGACUUUUCAGGCCAGUUGCCCGAGCGGCUUUGCCAAGGUGGGAAACUUGAGAACUUAACAGUCAAUAGUAAUAAUCUUACAGGGCCAAUCCCAAGAAGCUUGAGCAAGUGCUCGAGUUUGAAAAGGGUUCGCUUCAAUAACAACAGUUUUAGUGGGAAUUUAUCUGAUGCUUUUGGCAUCCAUCCAGAACUUCUGUUCAUUGAUUUGAGUGACAAUGAUUUUCAUGGUGAACUCAGCAGCAACUGGGGGAAAUGCAAAAAAUUGACUGAUCUGCGGAUAGCCAGAAAUAACAUUGGUGGCAGCAUACCACAAGAAAUUGGAAACAUCAAAGGGCUUCUAGGACUAGAUCUUUCAUCUAAUCAUUUGAUUGGGCAGAUUCCAAAGGAAUUUGGAAAAUUAACCUCUCUGGUUAAUCUUUUUGUGCAAAACAACUAUAUUUCAGGCAAUAUGCCUCGGGAACUUGGGUCACUGAUAAAGUUAGAGUCCCUCGAUCUGUCAGACAACAGAUUGAAUGGGUCGAUCCCAACGUUUAUAGGAGAUUUCAUGCACUUGUUUCAGUUGAACCUGAGCAAUAACAAAUUUGGCCAAAAUAUUCCAAUGGAGAUAGGGAGGAUAACUCAGCUUAAUGUACUUGAUUUGAGCCAUAAUCUUCUGGUUGGAGAUAUGCCCCCUCAGUUAGCCAAUUUGAAGGUGUUGGUAAACUUAAAUCUUUCCCACAAUGGCCUAUCUGGGUGCAUUCCGGAAGAACUCGAAAGUUUGACUGGUUUGCAGGAUGUCGUAUUGUCAUACAAUGAGUUGGAGGGUUCAAUCCCUAAUAAUAAAGCUUUUAUUAAUGCUUCAUUAGAAGGUAAUAAAGGUCUUUGCGGCAAUGUAACUGGAUUUCAGCCCUGCAAAAGACCAUCUUCUGUGGUGAAGAAGCACUCAUUGGCGAAGGGAAGUAAACUCAUCCUCAUCACUGUACUUCCUGUUAUGGGAGCACUAGUUCUACUCUGUGUUUUCAUUGGUGUUCCGUUUAUGUGUGAUAAAAGAAGGAAAAUUGGAGAUGUUGAAAGAAGGGAUGAUGGUUGGCUUUCAAUAUCCAUGUUAGAUGGAAAGGCAUUGUACAGGGACAUCUUAAACGCCACAGAAGAGUUUGAUGCAAAAUUUUGCAUCGGGCAGGGAGGACACGGAAGCGCUUACAAGGUAAACCUUCCAUCAUUAGGGAAUAUAGCUGUGAAGAGACUUCAUUCUUCAUUUGAGAAUACACAUCCCAAAAGCUUCAUGAAUGAAGUAAGGGCAUUGACUGGGAUCAAGCACCGGAACAUUGUGAACCUCUACGGCUAUUGUUCGAAUGCACAUCACUCAUUCUUGGUUUAUGAGUAUGUGGAGAGGGGGAGUUUGUCUAGUAUUUUGAGCAAUGAAGUUGAGUCCAAGAAAUUGGAUUGGCUUAAAAGGGUGAAUAUCAUCAAAGGUGUUGCUUUUGCUUUAUCUUACAUGCACCAGGAUUGUUCACCACCAAUUGUUCAUCGAGACAUAUCAAGCAGUAAUGUUUUGCUUGACUCCGAGUAUGAAGCUCGUGUUUCAGAUUUUGGCAUAGCUAAGCUUCUCAAGCCAGACUCAUCCAACUGCACUACGCUAGCAGGCACAUAUGGCUAUGUUGCACCUGAGCUUGCAUAUACUAUGAAGGUUACGCAAAUGUGUGAUGUGUAUAGCUUUGGAGUAUUAUCAUUGGAGAUAAUCAGAGGAAAGCAUCUUGGGGAAUACAUUACUGUGCUAGCAAAUUCAUCGAUUAUAGAUCAUGAGCAGCUUAGCGAUUUGCUGGAUGAACGUCUUCCAUAUCCUGAAGAUAGAGUAAAAGAGGUUUUGGUUUUUAUCAUCAAGCUAGCAUGCUCUUGUUUGCUUGAAACUCCAAAAUCAAGGCCAACAAUGCACUUCAUAUCUCAUAAGUUAUCAUCAAUGGAUGCACGUCCACAUACUCGUCAGAGAAAUCCCCAUGUAAGGCGAGCUACAUAAUCCCUGAUAUGUAUCAAACUAACAUCUCAAUAAACAGAAAUUGUGGUUGUAAAAUAUUGGAGAUAUUUCACUAGAGAAGUAAAUUUCUUCUGCUUCUUUGGCCUUCAGAA